AUGGUUUGGUCGAGCGCUAACGAGGAGCCUGGUAGUGGUUAUGAAUGCCUCAACAACCUCUGGGGUGACACGGCGGCAACCUCAGGCCAACAGUGCACCUACGUGGAUGGCAGUUCUAGCAACAGCGUGUCGUUUCACACGACCUGGACGUGGCAAGGCGCGCCUAACAAUGUCAAGAGCUACGCCUACUGUGGCAAAAUUGCUCCGAAAGGGAAGCUCGUCAGCGCUAUCAGCAGCAUGCAGACUUCGGUAUCAUGGACCUACACUACGGAGGAUCUACGUGCGAAUGUCGCCUACGAUAUUUUCACGGCCGCAGAUCCGAACCAUGAUCGCAGCAGCGGUGACUAUGAGCUUAUGAUCUGGCUUGCCCGUCUCGGUGGCAUCUACCCAAUUGGCAAGUCGACUGGGACGGUCACAGUGGCCGGCAAGUCAUGGGACUUGUGGGUCGGCAUGAACGGUCAGAUGCAGGUCUACAGCUUCGUUGCCGCAAGCCCCGUCCGUACCUUCAGUGCCGACGUAAAGCAGUUUUUCAACUAUCUCCAGACCAGCCAGAACUACCCGGCAAGCAAGCAGAACCUAAUCAUCUUCCAAAUUGGAAGCGAAGCAUUCACUGGCGGCCCAGCGACAAUUACGUUCAACAACUGGGCUGCGGAUAUCAAUUAG